CGACCAGAAAUGUCAGCACCAAAUUGACAUUUCUCAUUCGUUUUCUUUCGACCUCCAACUGUAUUUGACGUUUUGACUUUGUUGCUAUUGACGUUUGCUUUGGUCAUUACCGUACCCAUUCCGUCCGUCCCAUUUAAGCAAGUUGUGUGUGUUACUUUGUUGGUCUGAGCUGUGCUGUUUUGUUUAUUUCAGUGUUUCGUAAUAAUUUUGUUUUUCUCUAAAUUUUAGUCAAGUGCAUUGUUAUUGUAAAACUAAUAUAUUAAUAAUUGCUUAUUGUUGAACUUUGCCACAACUCGAGUUGGUUGGUGUUGGACUAAAAGAAAACGACAUGUGUUCAAAUAGAAUUUUACUACAAAUUCUGCUAAUCUGCGUUGCAUUGAGUGGCACGACAUUGGCCAUUAAUUGCUACGUCUGUGAUGCCUCCGAUACGAAGACACCCUUCCAGUGUGGUGAAUGGUUCGAACGCUUCGACGAGCCAGAUAUACAGCCGCAGAACUGUUCCAAUGUGCAUGAAGCCAAGUACUGUAUUAAGCACAUAGGACGUUAUGAGGGCGGCAUUGGUGCGAAACGUUUCUGCUCGUCCAAAGAUUUGGGUAAUUACUGUGAUUAUGUGAAGAACAAAGGUGAUCGCAUGGAUUAUCGCUCGUGUAUCUACACUUGCGACACGGACGGUUGCAAUGCAGCAGGUAGCCUGAGACCAUGGAUUCUGGCGGUGGUCGGCGCAUUGUUGUUGGCCAGUUUAUGGCGUUGUUGAGUGCAUGCUGCAAUACUCGAUAAAUUCAAUUAAAUCAAAUUCCUAUAAUAACAGUCUAUGCAAGUGCCUUGUAUUCUUCGAAUAGUUAGUCUAACGUACAAAUUGUUUUCAUUCAAAAAAGUAGUAUAAAAAACAUAUUUUAAAUAAAAUUUUAAUUCAAAAA